GAAAUUAAUUUGUAAGUAUGAUUUUAAUAUUAAAUUAUUAGAGUCUAAUAGAGAAAAGAAUUUUCUAUGCAGUUAGCGUGCUAUGAUGAUUUCAAUAAUAUAUCAAGUUUUAACCGGUUUGGAUUAGUUUUAGUAGUGCUAGUGUGUUAAUCGGCUGUUGUGCUCUUCUUUUUUUUCUUUAUAAAUACAUAAUAUACAAGAUGGAUUAUUUAAGUGGUUGGUGCAAAAGCAACAGGAGACUAGAUGGAUACACAGUUAUUAUCACAGGAUGUAAUACGGGAAUUGGAAAGGAAACCGCCCUGGAUCUAUAUAAAAGGGGUGCUAAAAUAAUAAUGGCAUGUCGUAACACCGACAAAGCAGAAGAAGCCAAAGCGGAUAUCAUUAAAAAAUGCGAGUCUGACACAGAAACAGGAUCAUUGGUUAUUGAAAAAUUAGAUUUGUCAAGUCUCAAAUCUGUGAGAGAAUGCGCUUUUAGGAUAUUGGCGAAAGAAGACAAAAUAAACAUUUUAAUAAACAAUGCUGGUAUCAUGAUGAUACCAAAAGGACGGACUGAAGAUGGCUUCGAGACACAGAUAGGGACUAAUCAUUUUGGUCAUGCUAUGUUCACUUUUCUAUUAUUACCUCGUAUUAUAAAAAGUUCACCGGCGAGAAUUGUAAACGUCGCGUCUCUUGCGCAUUUUGUUUCAAACGUGAACGUUAAUGAUAUUAAUUUGGACCGAACUUGGUAUGGAUCAGUUAAAGCCUACGGUAGAAGCAAAUCAGCUAAUAUUUUAUUUGCAAGAGCGAUUCAUCUUAAAUUAAGGGAACGUAACAUUAAUGAUGUGAACACAUAUAGCUUGCACCCAGGUGUUGUCCGCACUGAAAUAGGCAGAAAUUUAUAUAAGGGGAUAAUUUUUGGUGCGACUUGGGUGUUUAAUAAUAUUAUAAGCGUUUUCAUAAAGUCACCUCAAUGUGGCGCACAGACUACUAUUUAUUGUGCUAUCGAUGAGGAAUGCGCAAACGAAAGUGGACUUUAUUACAGUGAUUGCUCUAAAGCAAGAAGAUCCAGCCAAUGUCGGAAUGAUUCAGAAGCUUUGAAAUUAUGGGAUAUGACUAUUGAAAAAUUAAACCUGCAGAAGUAUGACCCUUUGGGAGACGUCGAUCCAACUGAAGAUAUUUUUAUUCAAAAAGUUUAGAUGUGACAUUUUUUAUUUUUCGUUAAAAGAUAAAUGUGGUGGUGCAUAAAAUAUAUUUUGAAGGUGCAUGAUACGUACGUACUACGUACUUAAUAAGUAGGUACCUAAAUAACACCAUUGUUAAUAGGCACCAAUUAUAAGUAAGCCUUGACUUUACACAACUUGAGGUCACAACGAUUAUAAUAUUAUACAUAAUUAAUAAUUA